UUCAUGUGAGCACUGAGGCUUGCUUUUAGACCUUUUUAAUGGGAGGUGUGUCGCUGCUGCAGAGUGGACACUGCAGACACAAGCCGAGGAGGUUGUUCUGGCUCAUCACAUGGAGUCUCUGGCCGGCUACGUGUACAAGGCAGCAAGCGAGGGUCGAGUCCUGACCCUGGCCGCAUUGCUGCUCAACCACUGCGAGGGGGAGACCCGGUACCUGCUGGACUAUGUGACCCAGCUAGCCGGGCAGAGGUCCACUCCUCUCAUCAUCGCAGCCAGGAAUGGACACGACAAGGUGGUGCGUCUGCUGCUGGAUCACUACCGGGUGGACACUGAGCAGACGGGCACGGUGCGGUUUGAUGGCUACGUGAUCGACGGGGCGACGGCGCUGUGGUGCGCGGCGGGGGCGGGGCACUUUGAGGUGGUUCGUCUACUAGUGACUCACAAAGCCAACGUCAACCACACCACCGUCACCAACUCCACCCCGCUGCGAGCCGCCUGCUUCGACGGACGGCUGGAUAUCGUCCGCUACCUGGUGGAGCACAGCGCCGACAUCCGCAUCACCAACAAGUACAACAACACCUGCCUGAUGAUCGCCGCCUACAAGGGUCACGCCGACGUCGUCAAGUUCCUGCUGGAGCAAGGCGCCGACCCCAACGCCAAGGCCCACUGCGGAGCCACCGCCCUGCACUUCGCGGCGGAGGCGGGGCAUCUGGACAUCGUGACGGAGCUGGUCGGCCGGCAGGCGUCCAUGGUGGUGAACGGACACGGCAUGACUCCCCUGAAGGUGGCGGCGGAGAGCUGCAAAGGCGACGUGGUGGAGCUGCUCCUGGCGCACGCCGACUGCGACCGGCCGAGCCGCAUCGAGUCGCUGGAGCUGCUCGGCGCCUCGUUCGCCAACGACCGGGAGAACUACGACAUCCAGAAGACGUAUCACUACCUGCACACGGCCAUGACGGAGCGCUACAGCGACCCGGACGACGUCAUCUCCAAGGAGCAGCUGCCGCCCAUCGAGGCCUACGGGGGGCGCCGCGAGUGCCAGACGCUUCAGGAUCUGGAGGCCAUCCGAGUGGACCGGGACGCCCUGCACAUGGAGGGGCUGAUGAUCAGAGAGCGGAUCCUGGGCUCGGACAACAUCGACGUGUCUCAUCCGAUCAUCUACCGCGGCGCCGUCUACGCCGACAACAUGGAGUUCGACCAGUGCAUCAAGCUGUGGCUGCACGCGCUCCGCCUGCGGCAGAAAGGAAACAGGAACACUCACAAGGACCUGCUCCGCUUCGCCCAGGUCUUCUCCCAGAUGGUCCACCUCAAGGAGCAGGUCUCGGCCUCGGCGGUGGAGCAGGUGCUGAGCUGCAGCGUCCUGGAGAUCCAGCGCAGCAUGACUCGGGUGGAGACCGCCGCCGAGGCCGAGCUCCCGUCGGCGUUGGACAACUACGAGUCCAACGUCUUCACCUUCCUGUACCUCGCCUGCAUCUCCACCAAGACCACCUGCCCCGAGGAGGAGCGAGCCCGCAUCAACAAGCACAUCUACCAGCUGAUCCAGCUCGACCCUCGAUCCCGCGAAGGCUCGUCGCUGCUCCACCUCGCCAUCAGCUCCAACACGCCGGUGGACGACUUCCACACCAACGACGUGUGCAGCUUCCCCAACGCCCACGUCACCAAGCUGCUGCUGGACUGCGGCGCUCAAGUCAACGCGGUGGACAACGAGGGCAACACGCCGCUGCACGUCAUCGUCCAGUACAACCGGCCAAUCAGCGACUUCCUCACGCUGCACGCCAUCAUCAUCAACCUGGUGGAGGCCGGCGCUCACACGGACAUGACCAACAAGCAGAAGAAGACGCCGCUGGACAAGAGCACGACGGGGGUCUCGGAGAUCCUGCUGAAGACGCAGAUGAAGAUGAGUCUCAAGUGUUUGGCGGCGAGGGCGGUACGGCGGCACCAGAUCACGUACCGGAACCAGAUCCCCAAAACGCUGGAGGAGUUCGUCGAGUUCCACUGA